UACGAAUAUCACAACAACGGAAAAGUUAUUGUGAAACGAGAAAAAAGAGAUUUCCUAGAAGUGCAGAAAAAAAUUGUAACAUCAAAUAAAUUAUAUAAAUAUUCAUAAAUUGUAAACAUGAUUGAGAGACGCAGUCAACUGGAUAAGAUAAUUAUCACGGCGAUGGAUCGCUUUGUAUGGUUUGUGCUCUUGGUGGUCAUGUCGCAUUUGGUCACAGAAUUUACGCGGGUCACAGGCUAUGCGCGCGGCCAGCGUAAUGAGGUCCUGCUGGUCAAUGAUACCAUGCUACAGCCCAUGCCCGUACAGAAUAUGUUGCUCUAUCCCGGUCACGAUUAUGCGCACUACGAGCGACCAGCCGUCCUCUCCGCCGCACCCCAACAAUACGCACCUAAUCCUGCCGGUAAUAGCUUACAACAAAAUGCUGCACUGCUGUUGAACAGCCUGGGCGUGGGGGGCAACACGGCCGCAAAUGCUGUGCCUGGCCCCAGCCAUAGCAACACGGUGGAGUCAAGCUAUCCACUUUUCAGCUUUCGACCACUAAUCGACAGCAUUUUUGAGAUACCAAUAUCGACACUUCGAGCUGUCAACAAUUUAGUGGCACGCUUAACGGGCAGCUACCGCCAGGCGCCGGGCUCACCGGAAAUCUCAGAAAAGUCCGCCGCAAUCACGACCAAUGCCGGGGCAGACACGCAAUUACGCUUGCCAGCAGGUGCGAGCGGAACAUCUGACGGGGACUUCAAGUUGCCGCAGCACGAUACGCCCAAGGCGUCAAAACUGAUGGCAACCGCAAGCUCCCGAAUGCGCGAAGAGUUGGCGUAGUUCAAAUGCCAUUCUUAAAUAUAAACAAUUAGUUUUAAUUAAACUUUGACCUUAAGCUGGGGCGCACACGCACCUCUUCUAUAUGUAUACCCACAUAUAUAGAUACCUAUACUCGUAUACUUGUAUAUACAUGUUCAUAUGUAUGUAUGAUGUUUAAUGAGUUUUGUUUCUCUACUCUGUUUAUAUGCGCGAAUGAAUGUGCUUUAUACCUAUGUAUGUGUAAGUUGUGUGCAUGUUUGUGUUUUUUCAUGGAACUUAACCCGCAUACGGGAAAGUCCCUUAAGUGUAUUUAGCUGUUAGAUGUUGUCGCUUUUUAAUGUGCGCGCACGUACCAAAAGCAUUGUUGGCUUAAGCAUUUUUUGUUGUGAUAUAUGUGAAAUUGUUGUAAGUUUAGCUAAGCGGUAUUUAUCAU